AUACAACUGAAAAAUCAGGACCUUUUUAGGUUACUGUUACUCAAACCAAAAGAUGACAUCUAUUAUCAAAUUAACUACCCUCUCUGGGGUCCAAGAGGAGUCUGCUCUUUGCUAUCUUCUCCAGGUUGAUGAGUUUAGAUUUCUGUUGGACUGUGGCUGGGAUGAGCACUUUUCUAUGGAUAUUAUAGAUUCCCUGAGGAAGCAUGUUCACCAGAUCGAUGCAGUGCUGCUAUCUCACCCGGAUCCUCUCCAUCUGGGUGCCCUCCCGUAUGCUGUGGGAAAGUUGGGGCUCAAUUGUGCCAUUUAUGCAACCAUUCCUGUUUAUAAAAUGGGACAGAUGUUCAUGUAUGAUCUUUACCAGUCUCGACACAAUACAGAAGAUUUCACACUCUUUACGUUAGAUGAUGUGGAUGCGGCCUUUGAUAAAAUACAGCAGCUGAAAUUCUCUCAGAUUGUAAAUUUGAAAGGUAAAGGACAUGGCUUGUCUAUCACACCUUUGCCAGCUGGUCACAUGAUAGGUGGAACAAUAUGGAAAAUAGUCAAAGAUGGAGAAGAAGAAAUUGUUUAUGCAGUUGACUUCAACCACAAGAGGGAGAUCCACUUAAAUGGAUGUUCCCUGGAAAUGCUAAGCAGACCCUCUCUACUUAUCACAGAUUCAUUUAAUGCUACAUAUGUGCAGCCUAGAAGAAAACAGAGAGAUGAACAACUUCUGACAAAUGUCCUGGAAACACUUCGAGGUGAUGGAAAUGUAUUAAUAGCAGUGGACACUGCAGGCAGAGUUUUGGAACUUGCUCAACUUCUUGAUCAGAUCUGGAGAACUAAAGAUGCAGGAUUGGGUGUUUACUCCUUGGCACUCCUAAAUAAUGUCAGUUAUAAUGUGGUGGAGUUUUCUAAGUCCCAGGUAGAAUGGAUGAGUGAUAAAUUGAUGAGAUGUUUUGAAGACAAAAGAAAUAAUCCAUUUCAGUUUCGCCAUCUCUCUUUAUGCCACGGUCUUUCUGACUUGGCUCGUGUGCCUAGCCCCAAAGUUGUACUUGCCAGCCAACCUGACCUGGAAUGUGGAUUUUCAAGGGAUCUCUUUAUUCAGUGGUGUCAGGACCCUAAAAACUCAAUCAUUCUGACUUAUAGAACUACUCCUGGGACUUUAGCACGUUUCCUAAUUGAUAAUCCUUCUGAAAAAAUUACAGAAAUAGAGUUGAGGAAACGUGUGAAGCUUGAAGGGAAAGAACUUGAAGAAUACUUGGAAAAAGAGAAGCUAAAGAAGGAAGCUGCUAAAAAACUUGAACAAUCAAAGGAGGCAGAUAUUGAUUCCAGCGAUGAGAGUGAUGUGGAAGAAGAUAUUGACCAGCCGUCAGCUCAUAAGACAAAGCACGACCUGAUGAUGAAAGGUGAAGGUAGUAGAAAAGGAAGCUUCUUCAAACAGGCAAAGAAAUCUUAUCCCAUGUUUCCUGCCCCAGAAGAAAGGAUUAAAUGGGACGAGUAUGGAGAGAUCAUCAAACCAGAGGAUUUCUUAGUGCCAGAACUUCAAGCUACUGAAGAAGAAAAAAGCAAAUUAGAAUCUGGCUUGACAAAUGGAGAUGAACCCAUGGAUCAAGAUUUAUCUGAUGUUCCUACUAAGUGUAUUUCUACAACAGAGUCUAUUGAAAUAAAAGCCAGGGUUACUUAUAUAGACUAUGAAGGACGCUCUGAUGGGGAUUCCAUUAAGAAAAUCAUUAAUCAGAUGAAACCACGACAGUUGAUCAUUGUCCAUGGCCCACCAGAGGCCAGUCAAGAUCUGGCAGAGUGCUGCCGCGCGUUUGGUGGGAAGGAUAUUAAAGUGUACAUGCCAAAGCUACACGAAACAGUCGAUGCCACCAGUGAAACACACAUCUACCAGGUGAGAUUAAAAGAUUCACUUGUCAGCUCCCUUCAGUUUUGUAAGGCAAAAGAUGCUGAAUUAGCAUGGAUAGAUGGUGUCUUAGACAUGAGAGUUUCCAAAGUAGACACAGGAGUUAUUUUAGAAGAAGGAGAACUAAAGGAUGAUGGUGAAGACUCAGAGAUGCAGGUGGACGCUCCUUCCGAUGCCAGCGUCAUAGCUCAGCAAAAGGCCAUGAAAAGUCUGUUUGGAGAUGAUGAGAAAGAAACGGGUGAAGAAAGUGAGAUCAUCCCCACCUUGGAGCCUUUGCCACCGCAUGAGGUUCCUGGACAUCAGUCAGUUUUUAUGAAUGAACCAAGACUAUCAGACUUCAAGCAAGUUCUUUUACGGGAGGGGAUUCAAGCUGAAUUUGUAGGAGGUGUACUUGUUUGCAACAAUCAAGUAGCAGUUCGUAGAACGGAAACUGGACGCAUCGGAUUAGAAGGCUGCCUUUGUCAAGAUUUUUAUAGGAUAAGAGACCUUUUAUAUGAACAGUAUGCUAUUGUGUAAAAGACAGGAUGUCAAGAAGUAUCUGCUUGACCUUUCUAAGAAAAAGGAUUCUUAUCUUAUUUUAAGCUUUUGCUGUUUUGUUUUGUAACAUAUGAAAGAAAUCUGCCAGAAAAACUGAACAUGUAUUACAUUUUUAAAAUGUGUAAAUAGUUGGCUAAGAGUGUAGCUCAAUGGUAGAGCGUUUACCUAGCAUGCUUAAGACUCUGGGUUCAAUCCCCAGUGCUACAAAAAAAAAAAAAAAAAAGGAGAUAGAGACCAUUUUGCUAAUGCCCAAAUGAGCUCCCUACCUUUGGCUUUCACUGUGUUAGAGGUCCUAACAAGUGUACAGGCCUGAGAAUUGAAGGUAAUUGGUUUCUUUUACAGACCCCUUAUUUUAGAAGGACUUUUUACUUGAAUACAAUACAACUUAGCAAACCAGUUCAUGGCCUUAGAGAAACAUGGUUUGCAGGCAGUCUUGCAAACUGUUUCUUAUAUUUUCUGGAAUGAAAAGUGAGAGUUAUUUAAAAAAGAUGUGUUACAAAAGAGAAGCAAAAUUGAUAAAACAGUUUUUUGAGCUUAGGGAUUUAAAAAACAAAAACAGCAUGUGUGCUAUGACUCUUGAAUUCUAAUAUGCAAUCUGUUUUUGCAUGGAGCAUAUCUGCUUCAUGCCUAUAUUGCCCAGUGACUCACUUUCGUGUGAUAUAGUACACAUUUUGUUCAGAAAUCAUUUUUUCAUUUCUCCCAUUUCUUGUUUUAUCAAGAUUCUGUUGUUCAGUUUGAAUUAUGAUAGCAUCAUUUAAAUAUAUGUCAUUUAAAGGAACUCCUGGAUGUGUUAUCGUCUUAAGAGUUCUGCAUACAGGUUAGACACAUCUGAGCUAUCACCUAGGUUACUGCUGUAUUUGAAACUGGUUAGUGCUCUAUUUUUUAGAAAACAAAGUUAAACCUCACAUUUUUAUAAGAUAAUAGUACAAUUUAAUUAAAAGAUGUAAAUGUUUUAAUCUCUUAGGAUUGCUCUGUCCUAAGGUUACCUAAAUUGUGGUUGGAUUUUAUACACAUUACUGCAAAAGUACUAAAAUUGGAUAAGAGAUUCUUUGUUGUCCCGAUAUAGUGUAAACCACAUGUGUUUGAGAGUAAAAGUUGAAUAUAUGCAAUUUUCACUGAACUUAAGCAGUGAAAACCAUGUUGCCCUCCUGUAAUCCGUUGAUGAUUUUUUAGAAAGUAGCUUAAUCAUGGCAGACCUUGACACUUAUUUCUUAAGUACCUAAACCCUCUUCUUUACACUUAGCAUUUUUAGGAGCAUCAGUUUCAUUUAACUUAUCUGAAACUAUGUAUAAUUCAACCCAGUGAUAUCAGAAUUGAUAUUUGUUUCAAAUGCUUCCAAAACUUUACUGUGGAUUAUCAUGCUAAUGGCACUCACCUGUGAUCCCAGCUGUCUGGAAGUCUGAGGCAGAAGGAUCACAAGUUUGAGGCCAGCCUGGACAACUUAGUGCACCCUGUCUCAAAAUAAAAAUUUUUAAAAAGACGUGAGGAUGUAGCUCAGUGGUAGAUGCUUGCCUAGCAUGACUCAGACCCUGAGUUCAAUCCCCAGUACCUCAAAAAAAAAAAAAAAAAAAAAGACAGGUUUAGAGCCUUCUGAUACUGAAGAGCAGAUGUACAAACCAAUGUGUCAGAUGGUGAUAAAGAGUAUAUUUUCUUUUUAGCACUUCAAAAAAAAAAUGUCUUUUAAACAUUUUUUUUUGUCUCUUACCAUAUAAAGUCUAUAAUUUUAUUUAUAUUCCAUGGGAAAGAAAGUCUGCAGUUGUUUCAUGGUUUAAAGCAUCUGGUUAUGCAUAUUACAUCAUAAUACUAAUAUUGAGAAGAUUAUUUCUUGCCCAGCCCUUCUAUGGUUUUAUGAACAGGAAUUAAAUUUUACAGUAGUGCUUUAAGGUGGCUGUACUAAUAGUGUCAUUGGAAGAGUAAUACUUCUGCCCAUUUCUGGAUGACAGUAUUACUAAAAUGAAGACUUUUAGUCUCAGUUACUUAGGAAAAAUAGAAGUUUAGAAACAACGAUGAUAUAAAUCAUGAACUCAGAGAAACUCAGAUUUUAUUGUUGAGAAUAAAAAAAUAACAUGUGGACUAUCAGAUAUCUACACAUAUUUUUAUUAAGAAAUUUUCUUGUAUUGCAGUGGGAUUGUACAUGUCAGGUAUCAUUCCAAUCAUUUCUGUUUUCAUGAACCAGUAAGAGACCUGAAACAGAAGGGAGGGAAUCAAUUAUGUAAGGAGGGCUUAUUACCUUUUUUUUAAAAAUUGAGGUACAAUUUACAUACUAUAAAAUACUCAUUCUUUUAAAGUGUAUAUUUCAUUUGUUUUUGGUGUAUUUAGAGUUGUGCAACCACUACUACUAUGUAAUUCCAGAAUAUUUCAUCAUUCCAAAAAGAAACCCCUUAUCCAUUAGCAGUUAUGCCCAUUUUCCCUUCUCCCUAACACAUUGUUAAUCAGUAACAAUUCUAUCUCUGUGGAUUUACCUCUUCUGGACAUUUCAUAAAAAUGGAAUCAUGUGA